AUGGAUCCAAACAUGAAGAUUAAUAUGCAGGUUGAUCCUGAUGAGGACACCGAAUGGAAUGAUAUCUUAAGAAAACACGGUGUGAUACCCGAAAGACCACCAUCACCAACUGAACAAUUGGAAGAAGCAUUACAAGAAGCUGUUGUUAAACAAUAUGAACAUAGAUUAGAUGGUAAAGAUCUUGAAGAAUUAGAAGAAUUAGAGGAUGAAGAAGAUGAAGAAUUUUUAGAAGAGUAUAAAAAUAAAAGAUUAAAAGAAUUACAACAAUUGAAUCAAGUAUCAAAAUUUGGUUCAGUCUAUCCAAUUACUAAACCUGAAUAUAAAACUGAAAUCACUGAUGCUUCAAAAGAAAAUACGUUUGUAUGGGCUCACAUGUCAUUACAAAGUAGUUUACAAUCAAGAUUGUUAUCAUCAUUAUUUGUCACUUUGGCUUCAAAAUUUAAAGAAAUUAAAUUUGUUGAAAUUCCAGGUUCAAGAGCCGUGGAGAACUAUCCAGAUUCAAAUUGUCCAACUAUCUUAAUAUAUUUCAAUGGUGAUGUUGUAAAACAAUAUAUAACUUUAACAGAACUAGGUGGUAAUGCUACAACUGUUAGAGAUUUAGAAAAAGUUUUAGUUGAUAUAAAAGCUGUUAAAGAUAGUGAUAAAAGAUUACUUAUCAAUCAAGAAGAUGAAGACUUGGAAGAAGCACAUAGACUAAGGUUUGCAAAGAAGUCAAUCAGAGGUAGAGUCAACGAUGAUGAUGACGAUGAUGAUUUCUUUGACUGA